AUGGUCCCAGCACGUAUCAACGAUGAAUAUGUCGCCGGCAUGUGGCGCAAAGCCGACUCCGUCUCCCUCACCUACGCCACCCCCAACCCAACAGGCGACAUCCUUCCCGGAGGCCGCCGCCAUCUCCGCGACAUCUUCAUGCCCGUCAAGCUCAUUUACACAACCACGCACAGCCGGAUGUCUACUGGAACGUUAUCAUCAAAGGCAUCGAGCUCGAGUGUCGCCUCGCGCUACGUCGAGCACUCCACAGAGGGGGCGGGUAUCCUUCGAGGACAGGUUUCCGAUCACGCUCAACGAAUUUAA